AUGAAGCCAUUUGGAUCAGCCAACAGGGAGAUACGCCCAUUUUACCAAAACAUGUCCGAUUGGCGACAAGAUGAAACCCAUGGGAAGAUUUGGUGUAUCCCACGGCCCGGACCACUGCGGAUAGGCUUUGGCUCGCUUAAGAAAAGGCCUAUCUUGUUCUUGGAUGUUUUCUCGGCGCAAUACCAGCCCAUUCACGUCGGGAGAAAAGAAGCCCGCCUCAUGGGAAACUUUCCUUUUGCGGCACAUCAAAACCCUACUCGACUUUCACCCCAUAUAUACAUGUUUUAG